GCCGAGGCUAGUAGCGGGCGCGGAGUCUAGGGGGAGGCGGCGGGGGGCGAGGCGGGCUCCGCGCGGGCGAGAGGCAGCUGCUGGCCGGGCUGAGUCAGGAAACGGCGGCCGGACUUGCCCGGGAAGGAGACGAGAGCCCGCUGGGCCGGGCUGCGGGGCCCGAGAGCGCGGAGCCGGGCACCUCAGCACCGGGCAGCUACACAGGAGCCCAGCAGCCCACUCCACGCUGCCAGAGCCGGCAACCGCCUGCCGCCCGCUCUGGGAUGUCCGAGGAACCCAGGUAUCCAGGACGGUGACGGAGCGAGCCCGAGGAUGGGACGGCUCCCGCAGCUCCGGCUCGUCAAGGCCCUUCUCCUCCUGGGGCUGAACUCCAUCUCUGCCUCCCUCCAGGACCAGCACUGCGAGAGCUUGUCCCUGGCCAGCAACAUCUCCGGACUGCAGUGCAACGCAUCCGUGGACCUUAUUGGCACCUGCUGGCCCCAGAGCCCCGCAGGGCAGCUCGUGGUUCGACCUUGCCCCGCCUAUUUCUACGGUGUCCGCUACAACACCACAAACAACGGCUACCGGGAGUGCCUGGCCAAUGGCACCUGGGCCGCCCGCGUGAACUACUCGGAGUGCCAGGAGAUCCUCAGUGAGGAGAAGAAGAGCAAGAUACACUACCACGUUGCUGUCAUCAUCAAUUACCUGGGCCAUUGCAUCUCCCUGGUAGCCCUCCUGGUGGCUUUUGUUCUCUUUCUGCGGCUCAGGAGCAUCCGGUGCCUGAGAAACAUCAUCCACUGGAACCUCAUCUCAGCCUUCAUCCUGCGCAACGCCACGUGGUUCGUGGUCCAGCUCACCAUGAGCCCCGAAGUCCACCAGAGCAACGUGGGCUGGUGCAGGUUGGUGACAGCCGCCUACAACUACUUCCACGUGACCAACUUCUUCUGGAUGUUUGGCGAGGGCUGCUACCUGCACACGGCCAUCGUGCUCACCUACUCCACGGACCGACUGCGCAAGUGGAUGUUCAUCUGCAUCGGCUGGGUCUCUCCCCCAGGUGUGCCUUUCCCCAUCAUCGUGGCCUGGGCCAUUGGGAAGCUGUACUACGACAAUGAGAAGUGCUGGUUUGGCAAAAGGCCUGGGGUGUACACCGACUACAUCUACCAGGGCCCCAUGAUCUUGGUCCUGCUGAUCAAUUUUAUCUUCCUUUUCAACAUCGUCCGCAUCCUCAUGACCAAACUCCGGGCAUCCACCACAUCUGAGACUAUUCAGUACAGGAAGGCUGUGAAGGCCACUCUGGUGCUGCUUCCCCUCCUGGGCAUCACAUACAUGCUGUUCUUCGUGAACCCUGGGGAGGACGAGGUCUCCCGGGUCGUCUUCAUCUACUUCAACUCCUUCCUGGAAUCCUUCCAGGGUUUCUUCGUGUCUGUGUUCUACUGUUUCCUCAACAGCGAGGUCCGCUCCGCCAUCCGGAAGAGGUGGCACCGAUGGCAGGACAAGCACUCGAUCCGCGCCCGCGUGGCCCGCGCCAUGUCCAUCCCCACCUCCCCCACCCGCGUCAGCUUUCACAGCAUCAAGCAGUCCACGGCAGUCUGAGCUGGAGGGCCGUGGAGCGCCCUCUGGGAUCUGUGCUUGGGAAGGUUGUCGCCAGGCUCAGCUGGCUGCCCUGUCUGUGGAGGGGACCAGCUCCUCCCCACACCCUUUACCUCCCCGGAGCAGCUGGCACUGUGAGCCUGGGAGGCUCCGUCCCGACCCCCAGCUGAGCAGGAGUUCUAGGCCUGUGAGAGCAGUCUGGGCCAGGGAGUGAAUGGAAAAUAACCUAUAGGACUGGGCUGGGCCCAGGCCCUCUGGUUUCCCUUCGUCCCAGUCCUCCCUGGAAGAUGGAACGGAAACAGAGGGAGGUGGAGUGCGGGGACUCCAAAGCAGCAUGUGGGUCCCUCCAAGAGGUGUCUUUUCCUAGAGCGCAAGAUGGAAACGCACUGGAGACCGGGGGCUGUCCUCAGUGACCGUGGAGGGGGGCAUUCGCUGCCCCAGAGGUAUCAUGGGAAACUUGUGACAGCAUCCGAGCCACCAUGAUAAUGCCUCCGGGCCUUAGCAAUGCCUUCCAACACCACUGGGAACCAAGGCCGUUGUCAGAAGCCCUGGAGACAUUGUCAGAAAUCGGAUGGCGUCAUCGGAUAUCAGGCCACAUCACUGAAAUCCUCCCAAGCCACCAGAAGUUCAUCUGAUCCCCUGGCACUGCCACCAGAAAUGCCCUGCCUCGCUGCCUUGCACCCUUAGACCUUCACAUCCCACCACCAAUGUGGGCUCUCCCUCCUUUACCUCCUACCCCCGGUGUCUCCCCCUUUGUGAGAAAAUGGGGAGAUGGGAGGGUGAUGGAAUGUCCUUGAGCAAAAGCCAGUGUGUCCCCAGCCAAAGCCAGCCUCCCUUUGUAGGGACAGAGACUACUUGGGGCCAUCCAGCCUGCUGGCUUCAGUGACCCUGGCCUCAUGGGGCAACCCCUCUGCUGGUCACAGGGAUCUUGUGGCCCUUGGGUACUCUCUGGGACAGCAUCAUUAACUAAACAAAGGUGGAAGGGGCUGGACGCUCGGCCCCUCUCUGCCCUGAGUUCCCCAGAGCAGGACAAGCAGCUCUUGAGUCAACCAGCCAGCUGACUGCUUACACUGGACCCAGAGCGGGGCUUUGGGAGAGUGGGGCUGGGAGAUGGAGGUGGUUGGUGUAGAUAAUAAUAUGUAUCUUUCAA